AUGGUGAAGGCACGCAAAAUCGUACUCGUUCGACAUUUCAAGGGAGAGCCUCGACCUGAGGACUUUCGCAUAGAGGAGGAGGACCUGCCACCCCUCAAGGAUGGACAAAUCCUGACCGAGGCUGUCUACUUCAGCGUCGAUCCCUUCCAGAGGAUUCUAGGAAGCGGGGAGAAAUACGGACAGAAAGUGGGAGACACCAUGAUCGGGGCCCAGGUGGCACGGAUCGUGGAGAGCCGGGCUGCAGGUUUCCCAGUGGGGCGGCAUGUGGUGGCCUACUGGGGGUGGCGCGACCGCACAGUGGCUGAUGUUGGGCCUGAAGUUCCGCCCCCUGAUGUCAUGUCGCCCCCCAUGCUGGUGCCAGACCUGGGGGACUUGCCGUUAUCCCUGUCCCUGGGAGUGCUGGGUAUGCCUGGAAUCAGUGCCUACUUCCCACUGCUGGAGGUCUGCCAGCCCAAGGCUGGAGAGGUGGUCGUGGUCAGCGGCGCUGCAGGAGCUGUCGGCAGCAUAGUGGGGCAGAUAGCGCUCAUCAAGGGGUGUACUGUCAUCGGCUUCGCCGGAUCUGAAUCUAAGGUGAAAUGGUUGAAAGACGACCUGGGCUUCCAUCACGUGUUUAACUACAAGACGACAGACGUGUCCACCGCCCUGAAGCAGGCUGCCCCAGAUGGCGUCGACGUGUACUUCGACAACGUGGCGGGCGACAUGAGCACCAAGGUCAUGAGUCACAUGCGCUACCGCGGUCGCAUCACCGUUAUCGGCGGCAUCUCCCAGUACAACGAGAUUGAGUCCCAAAAGUUGGUGACCCUGCCCUUCACGUUUCUUGCCAAUCAACUCCGCAUUGAGGGCUGCUCCUAUAGCCGGUGGCACGACCGCUGGGAUGAGGGGAUCAGCCCACUGACGCAGUGGGUGAGGGAGGGGAAACUCAAGUACAGGGAGACGGUGACCGACGGCUUCGUCAACACUCCCAAAGCCUUCAUCGGUAUGCUGCGAGGCGAGAACUUUGGGAAAGCUGUUGUCAAAUUGUGAACACCCUGGUGUAGCAGAAGUGGAUGUCCAAGCAGAGGCAAAGACGUACAACACUUUAUAAACGGGACACGAAAACUAACUUGU